CUGUGUAACUAAUUUUGCAGUCGAAAAAGUCAAGUGAAUUCUACGUUCCUCGGUGUUAUAGUUAUUUUUAUUUUUUAAUUAUUUUUUACUUUUAUUUUUACCUUAUCACGUGUGUGUGUAUUCUGUAGUUAUAAUACUAUAAUAUUAAUAAUAACAAAUAUUAUUAUUAGUAACUUUAGUAACGUGUACCCGAUUACGCGACUGCACGCCAUUGCUGCUGCCCCGGAUUCGACAUAAUUAAGUUACCCAUAUGAUGAGUUGGAAUCAUAAUAAUGCCAGCCGCAAGCAAUCAAAUAGGUUCUGCUUUAUUUCAGUCUCUUUCUAACAAAGUUACUGAUCGACGGACUCACCAUUCUUCUGUGGCAGAUGACCGUUCUAGUUAUUUAUACAUAGCAUCAAGUAGAAUUUUAGAUAAAAAUAUAGAAUUUGAAAUGUUAGACCAUAAACCUUCAAUGUUAUCUCAAAUGAAAAACAAUUGUAUCAUGUUACUACAAAAUGGUUGUAGUAAAAAAGAUAUAAUUAAAAAAAAUGAAAGGCUGAAUGGUGGGGAUACUAAUAAAAUAUCCCAUUUACCUAAACCUAAAGUAGUGUUAUAUCCUCCUGAACGUGUACAACUAGGAUGGCAAGAUAAAAAAAUGCCAGUUGGUUCUGGAUUAGAUAAUCCUGGUGUAAUAUGUUACAUCAAUUCUACAUUACAAGCACUAUUUCAUAUUCCUGCAUUUACAAAUUGGCUAAUGAAUGAUGAACAACAUCAAAAAACUUGUCAACAAAAAACUGGAUUUCAAAAAGAUUGUAUUGUAUGUAUGGUCUGUAAUACAUUUGCACUAUCUCAAAAACACACUGGUUCUAGUUUCAAAGCAUCAAUCAUAACUAAUCGCCUAUCUUUAAUAUGUAAACAUUUGUCAACAUAUCGGCAAGAGGAUGCUCACGAGUUCCUUCGUUACCUUAUCGAAAGUAUGGAAAGGUGCUAUUUGUCUGUUUUAGGACAUGCUGCUAAAUCUCUAGACAAUUAUUCUAAAGAAACUACACCUAUUAACCAAAUUUUUGGUGGUUAUAUCCGCACUGAAGUAACGUGUGGUAAAUGUGGACACAUAUCAACUACGUUUCAACAUUUCCAAGAUCUCAUACUCGAUAUCAGGCAGUCUGAUAAUGUUAAUGAUGCUUUAGACAACUAUUUUGAAAAAGAACCUUUAGAUGAAUCAUAUGUUUGUGAAAGAUGUCGACGACAAGUUUCUGCUGAUAAAAAAUUCUCUAUUGAAAGAGCACCAAAUGUAUUAUGUAUUCAGUUGAAAAGGUAUAGUGUUGGUAUGGGUGGAUUUAGUGGAAAUAAGAAUAGUAAAGCCAUUCAAAUAAAUGAACGAUUAGAUUUAUCGAAUUAUCAAUUUGAUCAUCAUAAGUUUAAAAAUGAUGCUCGACCAUUAAAAUACCAUCUUGUAUCCAUGGUAAUUCAUUACGGUUCAAGUUUAAAUAGUGGUCACUACACAGCUCUUGGUCUAACACCCUCUGGAUCGUAUUACUAUUUCAACGAUUCAAAUGUUUAUCAAACAAAUUUCAAAAAUUAUUCAACAAGUAAUGAUUCCUAUAUAAUAUUUUAUGAAUUGGAACCUUCGGGAAACGUGAAUAACACAAAUAUAGAAAAUAAGACAUCGACUGUAACAUCUACUUCAACUUGUAAACCAUCCAUAAAUGGUUUUUUUUCAAAUAAAAUCAAUGGAGUUACAAAACCUCUAAACGGUGUAACAAAACCAUUGAAUGGUUUAAACAAUAUUAAAAAAAAUAUUAUUAAAGACAAAAAAAGUCAAAUAUAUGAUAAAUGGGAUUCAAAUAUUAAAAUGUUAAAACAAGGACAACAAAAAGAUAAAUCACUAACUGAGAACUCUUGGAAUUCAAAUAGUAAAACAAUAGAAACUUCGACUAAUGGAAUCAAACCAUCUUUAAUGUAUAAUAGUUUAGUACCUUAUAUUGAUUCUGAUAAAGAUGGUAGUGAUGAUGAUAAUAGUUCAUUAUCUGGUGAAGAUAAUGGCUCUUCCCCCAUAAUAUUAGGAAAAGCCAAACACUCAACAGACCAAAGAGUUCCUGAUAAAAAGCCUUUAGUUAUGAGACCAAAAGAAGAUCCUAGUGAAAUUGCUACAGAAACACCGCCUAAAAAAUGUCUGGUAUUGAAACCACCAAAUGAUGAUUCUCCUAUCAAUGAACAGGAGAAAGAAAUUCUACCAGCAAAAAAAUGUUUAGUAUUGAAGCCUAAAGAUGAAGAACCAUUAGAAGUAAAACCUGAACCUGAACCCAUCAAAAAAUGUUUAGUUCGAAUUCCAAAAGAUGAUAACGUUGUAAAUACUCCUAAGGUGGUAUYUCAUUUAUCUGAAGGAAAAGAUCCUGAAAAAAAAAAUCGCCGACGUGAAAAUGGAAUUUUGGAAUUGGAUGUUAAUAAGCCGAAAGUCCGACUUGAUCACAAUUAUAAUAAUGGAAAUAAAUCACCAACUGAUAACAAAACAAAUGGAAAAUUUUUAAAUGGAAAUGAAUCCCUUGAUGAUAAACUUUGGAGUAAGUUAUCUAAUGGGAAUAACCAUAAACAUUCAAAUGGGACAAAGAACUGGCCCAAGUUUACCAACGACUUUCAAACUAAUGGCAAUAGUAAAUCAAAUGGCAAUAAUUUUAAAGAUAGCAUGAAGUCAAGAACACAUUUGGGUUUUGGCGGAGAUGUUAAAACCUGGAAUGGUGAAAAAAGCUAUGUAGACCGAGAGGCUGAACAAGAUAAAAUUAAUGGAGUUAAACGUUCGUUUGAUGAUGAAUACAAUGAAGAUUUUGAUAGAGGAGUAGUAAAAAAGAAGAAAUUUGAUAAUAAGAAUCACCACUCAAAAGAAAAUGGUUCCAAUGCCUUACAAAUGUUACAUAAUCAAUUAAAUCAAUUUAAUGGUAAAAUGGGACGAAGUAAAAUCACUUGGAUGAAUCGAACCAAAAAUUACAGACAAUAUAACAAUGGAUAUCGUCAUAAUGGCAGUAGUGGAAAUGGUGGCGGAGGAUAUAAGAAACCCAGGUAUAAUAAUAACCGUCGCCAUUGGCAUAAACAACGUUAGAUAUUUUGUGUAUCAAAAACAUUUUGUAAAAUGUUGUAAAUUAUAAUAAUAUACUAGGUUAAAAUAAAAUUGUUUAUGUAAUUAGUUCGAUGAAAUUAAAAAAAAAACCGAUAAACUUAAUAAAUUAAUGUUAAUUAGAAAUUCCAACGCCAACUGCUUUGAUUUCAGUUCGGCUGAAUAGAAUAUUCUAGUCCGACAAUUUUAGCAUUGUAUUUUAAUUUUUGACAAUUUAUCAUCAAGCAAAGCUUUUGUUAGUUUUGUUUUUAUAAUACCACAUUAUUAAUAAUAUAUUAUUGAAAGCUGUUGUAAAUACUGGAUAAAUAAU